AUGUCUCAACAAAACCGGUCUUCCAGUCGCGAUGUUCCUGCUUCCGCAGGUCCAUCUCUCGAAGGCGACGAUAAUCCCCAAGAACGAGGUUCUUUACCUACCACGCCAGAACGUCCUACACGUACUCCAGCAGCGUCACGGAUACAAGAAGAAGAAGGAGAAGAAGAAGAUUCUAGCUACGUGCAAGCUCCUCGAGGAAUGCCAGUCCAUCCUGGACAAGUGGAGCGCCGACCACCGUCCGACUUACAAAGAAGCAUGAUCCAGGAGCCUCUUCAAUCGACCAUUGCUAGACAGCAGGAUCCAGCUAACCGCCUUCUUGCUACUGUCAGCUCCAAUUGUCUCCAUGGCAGAGAUCAUGAGAUGGGGAUGUUUUGCCACGAGUGUAGAGGUAUCCAAAUGCCUUGGGGAACAUCGUUGCCUCAAGUUAGAGAUGACCUUGGCGAAGAUCUCCGUAGAGGCCCGAACGGAUCAAUCUUCCAAGGUGUCCAACUCCAAAAUUUCAAUGCCAUCGCCACGCUCUCAGCGCGUGCAUAUCUCGAGUUGACCCACCAGUCGGCAAUGUCAAUUGACGGGUUCAACGGCUUCGAGGCGAGAUAUAAAGCAGCUUCAAAUGCUGGACGCCUGGUUGCACGCCUCAUUGACUCUCUCCGAAGGGUAGCAACAAAUCUCGAACGAGUUCCAGCCUUCUACGAUAUUAUUCAUCAAGCUUUGCUGGAGCCCGAUCUGAGUUACGAGAACCACCGAGAAAAUAUCCUCCGGAUCAUCGAGACGGAUGAAGAGAACGAACGACCACAUGGCCAUGACAACGCGGCUCGAGGAGCGAGAGGAGAAGGCUUGGGAGGAAUUGAUUCUCGGCACGGACGGAGACAAUCGCAAGCCUCUGCUUCCAGCGGUAACCUGGAAAUCGGACCAGGAGGUACCACUUCUGCGCCCUCGGGAUCAAGCUCUUCUCCGACAGACAACUCAGAAGAGCUGAUCUUCGAGCCGAUGCGAGAUAUAUCAGGACCUCAGUCCCAUCGACCACCGAAGCGGGGUGAUUGGGAAUUCGUUCAAGGAACUGAUUUGAGCGACGCUGUUUUGGGACAGCCUGAUCCAUCCAAAUAUUUCCUCGUUCGACAGAUGCAUUCGAAUCCCGCGGAGAAAGAUGUUCGCCAGUAUCCAGGCUGGGCAAAAAUGGACUGGAACGACCCCACGCAUAUUACCGAUCUGAAUAGAGCAAGAAGACAGAUCCGAAUGCGAACAAGCGGAGCAAUUGCUGAGCCUCGCCUCCCCUGGACCAAACUGGAAAAAGAUGUCCUGAAGCGUCUUGUGCAAAACGCAAUCAAUGCUGGCCAAAAACGAACAACUAUCGAUUGGGAAGCCAUCUCUUCUAAUAUGUCCAAGCACUUUGACAGCCUCGUGCAGAAGGAGGGAGAGCCUCUUGCACAGACGACGACAGUCGUCGGGGGCAUAGAACAGGCACCGAAAUACAAGAGGGCGCCAAAGUUGAAGACCCAACGAACGGGCUCACAGCAACGAGGUGCUAAAGCCCUUGCAAACCAAGCAGAGAAGUACGGUGACAUCUGGAUCAUGCUGAACAAUACGCAGCCAAGAAAGGACCGCAAGAAGAAGCGGACAGCUGGUGGUAGCAACAAGCAGGAUAGUGAAUCACCUGAGUAUCAGGAUGAGGACGUAGCUGAGGACGUCGACUCCGACGAUGAACCAAUCCAACCAAAACCAAAGCGGGUCAAGGGUCCUAAGGACAUGCCGGAUCGUGGUCCGAAGAAACCUCCUGGCCCCCCUCCUCCUGGUGGCGCUGGUGGUCUUGCAGGACCCAUGGGAAAGAGCCGGAGCAUUGCGCCAACACGAACUCCCAUGGCGGCUCGAUAA